AUGGUAAGAAAAAAGGUAGAAUUUGUGCGAGAUCUACAUGCCAAAGUUCGAGCCAACAUCGAGAAGCGCACGCUCCAAUACAUCCAAAAUGCGAACAAGGGACGCCACAGGAUGGUCUUCGAACCAGGCGACUGGGUAUGGAUCCACAUGCGCAAGGAGCGUUUCCCACUUCAAAGGCGCAACAAACUCCUCCCAAGGGGAGAUGGUCCCUUCCAAGACAUGGAGAAAAUCAACGAUAAUGCCUACAAACUUGACCUUCCAGUUGAGUACGGGGUACAUGCUACAUUUAAUGUUGCUGACUUGAAUCCCUUUUAUGCAGACGAUGAGUUUGAUUUGGGGACAAAUCACCUUCAAGAGGAGGGGACUGAUGAGGGGGCACCAAGGAUCAAUGGUGAUCAUGGCCAAGUCAUUCAAGUGCCACUAGGACUGGUCACAAGAGCUCGUGCCAAGAAGAUGCGCGAGUCACUUCAAGCACUUGUAUGCACCAUCCAAGAAAGAAUUGGAGAUGACUUAAAGACCAUUGAAGGCUUGGAGAAUGCAGAUUCCACAAUCUACACCUUGCUCCAAGUGGAUGAGCCAAGUGAAGCCGAGAGUUAG